AUGUAAUGUACAUAUACAGUCGAUAUCGGUGAGCACGGCUGCGACCACCAAAGUUUACCAAGACCAUCGGAAGAGAAAAUUAAUGUUUAUCUUGUAACAGCGAUCUGUAAUAUCGUCAACUGAUAGCAUAAAUAAUUUUUAUUAUUUUCGUGCCGUUAGUUUGUCAUCAUAAUUUACAAACCUACCGAAAAUGUUGGUAUGGAUAUUCGGAGUUUUGUGCGUCUUGUUUGCGUACUGCGUCUACUCUCCAUAGCGAUGCCAUCUGGAAAAAUGAAUACUGGCGGAAAAAAGGCAUCCCCGGUCCCUUGCUAUAUCCACUAUUGGGGCGCUUUUUGGACCAAGCUCUGACGGGUCAAGCCAGGUUCGACCAAAAAUGGACCGAGAAGCUUGGGAAAAUUUUUGGCAUUUUCGAUGGAGGAACACCUGUGCUCGUCGUGUCCGAUACCGAUAUGCUGAAAAGUAUUCUAGUGAAAGAUUUUUCACACUUUGUGAACCGACGGGAAAUCGAGGGCAUCAAUGGGCCAGUUCUGGACCAGGCUGUCAGUGUUCUCAAAGACCAGCGUUGGAAAGAUGUCCGAAGUGUACUAGUGCCGACGUUCACAUCUGGCAAGCUGCGCUUGAUGAAUGCCCUGAUCCAUGAAUCCUGUCAGACACUGGUGAAAAAUAUGGAACUGGUUGCCGAACAUGGAACAGAAUUCGAAGCUAAAGAAUUAUAUGGACGCGUAACAAUGGACGUUAUUGCUUCGACCUUCUUCGGCAUGAAAAUUGAUUCCCAAAAUGAUGUCAACAAUGAGUUUGUGAAGAACGCCAAAAAGGGUUUCGAGUUCAACUUUAAGAAUCCGCUGCUUAUCAUCGUGUUUGCGUGGCCCAAGCUGGUGCCUUACAUGGUCAAAAUGGGAUUCGACUUCUUGAUUGACAGAAAGGUCGUGCAGUUUUUCGUCCGCAACACUGAACAAAUUGUCAAGCUGCGAACAAGCAGUCAAGAUCAAUCCCGGAAGGACUUUCUUCAGCUUAUGCUAAACUCCCUCAAAGGUCAUAGCGGUAUUGGGCGAAGCCAGAAGGAACCGGCAGGGACUUUGGUUCGCGACGAAGCAGGCGAUCACGCCGAUAUUUUGUCGGACGUUAUUUCCAACUCAACGGAACCCAGUUACCACUCCAAUUACAAGUUGACGACAGAAGAAUUGGUAGCCCAGUCUGUGAUAUUCUUUCUUGCCGGCUACGACACCACAGCAAGCGCCCUGAGCUUCCUGACAUAUUGCCUGACCGUCAACCCCGAUAUCCAAGAGAGGCUUCGUGACGAGAUUGACUCUGUUAUGAGCGAUCGGGAGGUUGCCACCUACGAUCUAAUCGCCAAAAUGGAAUACUUGGAUUGUUGCAUCAAUGAAGCGCUGCGGAUGUAUCCGCCGGUUGUGCGUACCGAGCGCGAGUGCAAUGAAACAUGGACCUACAAAGGAAUGACGAUCGACAAAGGAACGGUGGUUGCCGUGCCAAUUUACGCCAUCCACCAUGAUCCAGAGAACUGGCCGGAUCCAGAACGAUACGAUCCUGAUAGAUUUUCCCGUGACAGCAAGCAUAAAAUCAAACCUUUCACCUUCGAAACGUUUGGCCAGGGACCACGAAAUUGUGUCGGAAUGCGUUUUGCGUAUUACGAGAUCAAACUGGUCAUGGUUUCAGUACUGCGAAAAUACCGUUUCGUUCCUUCUUCCAAAACCGAGAUUCCUUUGCAACUGACGGACAUGAGCUUUCUUCGCGCCAAGAACGGCAUCUGGGUGAAACUGGAAAAGAUUUAGAGUGUAUGCUUUGUUCGGCGGCAAAGCCGGCUCCGUUGCCGAACAAAGGUUUCUCGAACGCAUGACUACCGUACAUAUUAACCAGUUUCCUUGCUAUGGAUCACUACGGCAGCUGUUUAACAGCUUUCAAAAAGUUUUGAACAGCUUAUCUUUAGAAGCGCUAUCGUGAGGCCCCGAAUGAAGACUUUGCAGCUUUAUUUCGCUACUACAAACUAGAACUGUAGAAGUGCUACCAUACGGCAUACAUUGCAUACCUGUAUCGAUUUCAAUAGCUGUGGCUUCUCUAUUGCACGAGGGUAAUUAUUGUGCUUGUAAACUUAUGUAAGUACUAGUUUCGAUUCUGCUAGAAGCGAUUCAAAUCCUAACAAAAAUGCUCGUAUGGUUUCUGGGAAUUAAAUGCGUAUAUG